AUAAGUGCGUCAGUUUGUUUAUGAGAAAUACAGCUAUGUUAAUUACAUCAUAAAUACGUAGACAUUCUGUUUUUCCAUACAGACACCGUUUGUCGUACUUUUCAUUCGAGUGUGCAGUUGUUCGAGUCUAGAAGAUGGAAGAUAUUGCAUUCAUAAAGUUUUUAAUUCUGUUGAUUUUGGCAUUCCAACACAAUGAAACGAUUGUAUGCGCAAACCUGCCGAAAAUUCUAACCAACACGUUUAAUCAUAUUAAACAAGAACGCCAUUGGCAAGGUACGUGGUUCAGUGAAUACAAACAUGAAGGAGAAUGGAAGCCUAAAGACAAAAUAGGGGUUUCCAAUUCAAAAUUCUUGGUAUCAGAUAGAUUGCCAUUGGUCUCUCCGAUGAUGGGAUGCGCUUAUGGGCCAAAUUUGAAUCGGUUUCUCAUGUUGACACUUGAGGCGAUUGACGAAUGCGCUAAGUUGCAAAAAAAAAACCACAAACACGCUGGUGAUUGUAAGGACAAACUUGAACAGAGCAUUGCACGAGGUAAAUAUGUCAUAUUGAAAUUGAUGCACACGUUGAUAUUCAUCGAUCCUGAAAGCCACAAAACUAUGAACAAUAAUCGGUUCUACAAUGUUCUGGUGCCGCUGUAUGAUUUUGUGAUGGGACAAGUCCCCGUAGAGUUUUCUGGCAUAAUACCAGGCGGCUUAACCGUUUACCAGUUGUUAAAUGGAGUUGCUGAUGCCUUAAGGGAAUUGGUGUUCUUUACAUGUUUGCCAAAACUCAAAAUGUUCAAUAUACAGGAAACGAAAAAUGAAUAUAAUGGCGACCCAAAUGACAUCUACACUUUCUAUAUCUCCAAAUUAAACACCUACAUCAGCUACAUCUGCGGUCACUUGAUCCAACUUGGUUUUCAUUACAGCAAGACCACGGACCGUAUUACCUUUGAUCUUAACAGAAGCGGCUAACAAACAGUUUAAUACAAUCUAUCAUAGAAAUUCUUAACGGCUUGAGAUUUAAUUAAAAAUCAUUCAUUCAUGAUGUCAUAUUAAUAUAAUAUUAUCAAUUGCUAUAAAAAGUAAUUAUUGUAUUUAAUGUAAUAAAAAUAAUUUAUUCAAAUUUUUAUUAAAAAUUAGUUAAUUACUG